AUAUUAUUAGUAUUUUAUUCGUUGGACUUUAACAACCCACCUAGUAUGAAAACGAACAAUAUAUGACUGGAAAUGUACUAUUUUGGCAGCCCUGGGAUCCUCGGUAGUCGCACGUCACACUCUCGCGAGAUUUGGAGGAAAUUCUGGGGGAGCUGUCGGGAAGCAGCUGAGGGGCUGAGGGGCUGCGCUAUAGGAAGGGGUUGUGGGGCGUUUAAUCAGCGCUCCGGGACGACGAUAUCAGCAGCUCCGGGCGGGACGGCUGUCGGUUCUGUUGUGUGAGUUACCGACUGGAAGCGGAGCUCAAUGUAAAUAGCCUGAUGUUCCCUAUGUGAUAAUGUGAGGCCGGUUCCUGUCAUGGAGCAGAAGGGAAGUUUAGUGUCCAGAGCAAACAGCAUUGGAUCCACAAGUGCAUCUUCAGUGCCCAAUACAGCCUGCAACAUGAUGGACAAUGCUUGUUCCCUAACCUCAGAUGACGAGGACAGUGAUGACCGCCAAGAGACCAUAAAAAAUGACUACAAGGACCGACGCAGACGGGCACACACCCAGGCUGAGCAGAAGAGAAGAGAUGCCAUCAAAAAAGGCUACGACGACUUGCAGUGCAUCGUGCCCACCUGUCAGCAGCAAGACAUCGCUAUAGGAACACAAAAACUCAGCAAGGCUGUUGUUCUGCAGAAGACCAUAGAUUAUAUCCAGUUUCUCAAUAAGGAGAAGAAGAAGCAGGAGGAUGACGUGUCCACAUUACGGAAGGAGGUCAUGGCUUUGCAGAUUAUGAAAUCAAAUUACGAGCAGAUCGUAAAGGCUCAUCAAAACAAUCUCCAUGAGGGCACGGAUCAAGUCCCGGACGAGAUGAAAUUCAGGGUGUUCCAAGGCAUCAUGGAUUCUCUGUUUCACACCUUUAACUCUUCUGUUUCCGUGAACAGCUUUCAAGAGCUGUCUGCAUGCGUAUUUGCCUGGAUAGAGGAGCACUGCAAGCCCCAGACGCUGCAAGACAUCGUAAUCAGAUUCCUGCACCAGCUGAAGAACCCACUGUACUAAGGGACAUAACUCUUUCCGUCUCUCCUGAGAUAAAAGCCAAAGGAGUUGGCAGCGGUGCAGACGGCCCAGAAGCGACGCGCGAAUGUGUCCGAUGGUUCUGCGUUGCUCACUACUGCCAAUUCUUACCAAUGCCUCUGCUACUGAUUGCGCCGCUGCGUGUCCUUGUGUAAAUCCAGAACUAUGGUGCCUGAGUGAGGCCAUAUUCAGCACAUGUUGUACCGGCGCCUUCCGGAUCCAUUCUUGAUCAGUGACAAAAGGGCCGAAGAAAGACUUGUUUUUUGCUUGUGACUUUAUUGCAGUUUCCUUGAGUGGGGGGGGGGCUUCAUUUCUAUUCUUUUUUUCAGGUUUCGUGCUAUAAAUCAGCUUAUUGAGUCUUAAAAUCAUUGACAUUUUCCUUUAGUUCAGCACCUUUCCAUUAAAAUCAGAAUGUUUAACCCAAA